GCAGUGGUGACUUCCGUGGGUAAAUCAGACCUGUGUAAUUUCACUCUCUGUACCAAGAGUUGCGAGAUUAUAAAGUACACAGGAAAAUGUGAAACCACCGCAGCACCUACCACCACUCCAUCAGAAACUGCAACAACAGUGACAGUAACUCCCAGCUCUACAGAUACAACAAGAUGCUCUUGUCACGUGAAUGGCCAAGCUUUAUCACCUGGACAGGCAGUGGUGACUUCCGUGGGUAAAUCAGACCUGUGUAAUUUUACUCUCUGUACCAAGAGCUGCGAGAUUAUAAAGUACACAGGCAAAUGUCAAACCACCACAGCACCUACCACCACUCCAUCGGAAACUACAACAACUGUGACUGUAACUCCCAGCUCGACAGAAACAACAAGAUGCUUUUGUCACGUGAAUGGCCAAGCGUUAUCACCUGGACAGGCAGUGGUGACUUCCGUGGGUAAAUCAGACCUGUGUAAUUUCACUCUUUGUACCAAGAGCUGUGAGAUUAUCAAGUACACAGGGAAAUGUCAAACCACUACAGCACCUACCACCACUCCAUCGGAAACUGCAACAACAGUAACAGUACCUCCCACCUCUACAGAAACAACAAGAUGCUCUUGCAAUGUGAACGGACGAUCCUUCUCUCCCGGGGAGAUUGUAUAUAAUUCCCGAGACAAAGAAGGCUGGUGUUUUUAUGCGUUAUGUUCAGAAAACUGUCAUAUUGUGAAACACACGGAACCAUGUAGAAAACCCACAUCAUCUCUGCCAACUAUGGAGUCACCCACACCAACAGCAAUGCCACCAAAAGGUUGCUCAGCCCUGCACCCUCCAAGAGCUGUGAAUGAAACUUGGAAGCUUGGAAAUUGUACAGUCGGAAUCUGUGCAGGAAACAACACCGUUUCUGUGGUUCCACUGAAGUGUCCACCCGUUAAUCCAGUUGCAUGUCAAAAUGGACUGCAGCCUGAAAGAGUUUACGAUCAAUCUGGCUGUUGUUAUCAGUAUAAAUGUGACUAUUGUAUAGCACCUGAUGGAAAACCAAGGCAGGUUGGUGAAACAUGGCAACAUAAUUGUCAAGACUGUUCCUGCGACAAUGCAACGUUGAGCAUUGUUUGCAAACCUCACAAAUGCUCACUCGUACCACCAGUGGUAUGCAAAGGCCAAGGUUUUGUGCCAGUAGUCAAAAGAAAUGAAAGUGAUCCAUGCUGUCCUGUAACUAAGUGUGAAUGUAAUGUGACCCACUGUCCCACUUUGAAAUUUGAUUGCCAACCUGGAUAUGAACCAGUGUACCAUAUUAAUGAAGACAAAUGCUGUCCAAAUUACAAAUGCAAGCCAAAGCCAGUGUGUGUGUUCAAUGACACUGAGUACAAGCCAGGAAUGGUUAUUCCUCAGGACUGCUAUAAGAACUGCAAAUGUACCAAUAAAACUGAUCCAUCAACACAGCACAAAGUGAUUGACUGUACUCCCAUACCUUGUGAUUCUCAUUGUUCACCAGGUUUUAAGUAUAAGGAGGUGAAAGGACAAUGCUGUGGGAAUUGUACACAGGUUGACUGUAUAAUUGAGGUCCCAAAUCAACCACCAAUAAUCCUCCAGCCUGGAGCUGCAAUGUCAGAUUCAAAGAACAAUUGCACCAAAUAUGAGUGUGAGAAAAUAGGAUCUCACUUUGUUCCAAGCAUCCAUCAUCAAAGGUGUCCCCAACUGGAUCCUGAUAACUGUGAACCUGGAACACUGCACAUGGACUCAGAUGGCUGUUGUCAGAAAUGUGUUCCAAAGACAUGUACAGUUUCUCAAACCACAACCUAUAUCAACCAUCAAGGAUGUCGAUCUAAACAAAAAGUGCCGAUGACUUACUGUGAAGGGUGGUGCUUGACCUAUUCUAUGUAUUCUGCUGAGGCAAAUAUGAUUUCUCAUAACUGCACUUGCUGUCAGGAAUUAAUGACUGGCAAGCAAAAUAUUACACUGAUUUGCCCAGAUAACACUACAAUUGACUUCACCUACACCUACGUGAAGAAUUGUGGCUGUGUAUCUACGAAAUGUUGAGAACCUACCAAGCACUUAUCAGAAACUCCAGCUCAUUUGGAGGGCCCAAUAAAUUUAAGAAAAAAGUGUAAAAAUGUCGAAAACGUGGUGUCUCAGAUAACCAAUGAAUGCAAAAUAGACCAAAUCUUUCAAUAGAAUUUUAAUACAAAUGGUAAUGUAAAUAUAGAUGUUGGUGACAUAAAUUCUAUGUCCUUUAGAGUAAAUACUGCAAUAUAUUUUCAUAAUUUCAUUUUCUUACAAUCAAUUCAAAAGUGUCCAUGCAGAAAUUGAAGGUUUACCUUACCUUCUCGAGAACAAAAUCCCUAUGCAUCAGUCAAUUAAAUGAUAUGCCUGUCACAGUUGAUCACAGCCUACAGUGAGAUGAAGAACAGCAAACUAUCAUUUCUGGUCUUAUUCUGAAAGCAGUGACUGCAGCUGUUGCUUUGAAACAAGAUUUUUUUUGGAAAAUCUGAAAAGUUUGAAAUACUUGAAUUGCAGAGUUAUGGUGAGAGCUGUCCUGUAAAAAAUGGAGUUUCAGCAACUUCACAUUGCAAUUGCAAUAAAUGGCUUAAACUUACUCCUCGGGAUGAGGUUAGGCAUUCCAAUUACAGGCAUGACUCUCAAUUUCUACCUGUUCCUUUAGGUUGAUGGUAAACAGAGUGUCACCUCACUCUGUUUAUUUCAUGCAUGGUGUGUCUGCAUUCUCAGUACAUGGAAACUUCUUUGAGCUUUACUGUGAACUUUUCUUUUUGUCAUGAUACUAAUGGUCAAUAAAAGGAG